GACCAUUUGUUAAACUUCUUUAAGACAUUCAAUUUCAAAGAAACUAUAAUGUUGAACUGUUCAAGUCUUAGUUAAGCUGAUCGUGAUAAUAAGUCGUAGGGCUAACUUGUAGAGAUGGAUUUAAACUUCCCAAACUAGCAUACAAUAAAAUAGAUCCAGACAAGUGACUAAGUGUCACACACACAAGUCACAACAAUGGAUAUUAACAGGUGGAGUCUUCAAGGAAUGACUGCUCUUGUAACCGGUGGAGCAAAGGGAAUUGGGUCUGCGGUAGUGGAGGAACUUGUAGGCUUUGGUGCAAGAGUUCACAUUUGUGACAGAGACCAAACUCUGCUUAACGAAUGCUUAAGUGAAUGGCAAGCAAAAGGGUUUGAAGUCAGUGGUUCAAUCUGUGAUGUUUCCUCUCGACCUCAGAGAGAGCAAUUGAUACAGACUGUUUCUUCUCUAUUUGGUGCCAAACUCAACAUUCUUAUAAACAAUGUUGGCAAGUACAUAUUAAAGCCAACGUUAGAAUGUACAGUUGAAGAUUUCUCAAGUUUAAUGGCUACCAAUUUGGAAUCUGCUUACCAUAUCUCCCAAUUGGCACAUCCGUUACUUAAAGCCUCGGGAUAUGGGAAUAUCGUGUUCAUUUCCUCGGUAACGGGGGUUGUCUCUGGCAUAUCCUCCAUAUAUGGUGCAACAAAAGGAGCCUUAAAUCAACUGGCAAAAAACUUGGCGUGUGAAUGGGCUAGUGACAACAUAAGGGCUAACUCUGUAGCUCCUUGGGUCACUGAAACUUCUCUUGUCCAAAAAUAUCUUGAAGACGAGAAAUUUGCGGAAGCUAUAUUUUCAAGAACCCCAUUAGGACGUGCAUGUGAGCCACGUGAGGUUGCGUCGUUGGUGACAUUCCUUUGUCUCCCUGCAGCUUCUUAUAUAACAGGACAAACCAUUUGUAUCGAUGGAGGUUUCACUCUCUUUAGCCGUAGGAGAGCAAUGGCUGGAGCAGAGCAAAGCCAAAGAUGGAGCCUUAAGGCCAAGACCGCACUUGUAACCGGUGGAACCAAAGGCAUCGGGCAUGCUAUAGUAGAGGAAUUUGCAGGAUUUGGUGCAGUAAUACAUACUUGUGCCAGAGACGAAUCUCAGCUUAACGAGUGUUUAAGCAAAUGGCAAAAAAAGGGUUUUCAAGUCACUGGUUCAGUCUGUGACGCAUCUUUGAGAACAGAUAGAGAAAAGCUAAUGCAGACUGUGUCUUCAAUGUUUGGUGGCAAGCUCGAUAUCCUUAUAAACAAUGUGGGAGCGAUUCGGUCAAAGCCAACGGUGGAUUAUACAGCAGAGGAUUUCUCGUUUCAUAUUUCGACAAACUUAGAAUCUGCUUUCCAUCUUAGCCAGCUUGCACAUCCUCUGCUUAAGGCUUCAGGAUGUGGGAACAUCGUUUUCAUGUCUUCUAUUGCUGGAGUUGUAUCGCUUAGUGUCGGAUCCAUCUACUCUGCAACAAAAGGGGCAAUGAAUCAGCUAGCAAGGAAUUUGGCAUGUGAGUGGGCUAGGGAUGGCAUUAGGGCUAAUGCUGUGGCUCCUGCAGUCAUUGCAACUCCUUUGGCUGCAGCUGUGUAUGAUGAUGAGUUCAAGAAAGUGGUGAUAUCAAGAAAGCCGCUGGGGCGUUUCGGAGAGCCUGAAGAAGUGGCCUCGCUUGUGGCUUUUCUAUGUAUGCCUGCAGCUUCUUAUAUAACUGGUCAGACCAUAUGUGUCGAUGGUGGUCUCUCUGUCAAUGGCUUCUCCUAUCAGCCACAAGAUUAAAACCAAUAUCCAAAAACAAACAAAGUUUCAUCUUCAUUACUAAAUUUCAGUGUCCAGA